CAAAAAAUAAAGAUGGAAAAGAGCAAAGUGAAGCAGUAUCACCAUCUGAAGAUGAAACGUUUUCUUGGCCGGGUCCGAAAACGGUUAUGUUAAAGAGAACAUCUCAUGGCUUUGGUUUUACAUUAAGGCAUUUUAUUGUUUAUCCCCCAGAGUCUGCUAUUCAUUUUUCCUGUAAGGAUGAAGAGAAUGGAAACAGAGGAGGAAAGCAAAGAAACCGACUGGAGCCUAUGGACACCAUAUUUGUUAAGCAAGUUAAAGAAGGAGGACCUGCUUUUGAAGCUGGAUUAUGCACAGGUGAUCGUAUUAUAAAAGUCAAUGGAGAAAGUGUUAUUGGAAAGACCUAUUCCCAAGUAAUUGCUUUAAUUCAGAACAGUGAUACCACAUUGGAACUUAGUGUUAUGCCAAAAGAUGAAGAUAUCCUUCAAGUGGCAUAUUCUCAAGAUGCCUACUUGAAAGGCAAUGAAGCUUACAGCGGCAAUGCCCACAAUAUUCCCGAGCCCCCGCCCAUUUGCUAUCCCUGGCUAUCACCCUCCACUUCAGGAAAGGCACAGCCCGUGGAAGUAGCUCCUCCUGACUCUUCGCUGAGCAAACAGCCAGUCAGUACUCCAGGACCGACCCAAACUAGCAGGGCCUACAGAAUGGAAGUACAAGUGCCUCCCUCACCACCAGAUGUUGCAAAGUCCAAUACGGCAGUGUGUGUUUGCAAUGAAACAGUAAGGACUGUCAUCGUGCCUUCUGAGAAGGCUGUCGACUUGUCCUCUGGUAGAAAUCACCUCACAGGUCCGUCGCAUAGAACUGAAGAGGUCAGGUAUGGCAUCAAUGAACAGGCCUCUUUAAAAACAGUGUCAAGGACUCUAUCACCGUCAUCUUCAGUUCCCACCUCCCAUUUAAUUCAUCAGACUUCAGUGGCCAGAUCAGUAGAACCUUCUGGAGUUUCUGCUAAGUCUCUUAACUAUGGUGGACAUCCGGAAGGAAUCUCAGGCAGUAGGCCUCAAGCAAUGGAUACUCCCUCUGUUUCUACUAAUCAUUAUUCUCCAAAUUCUCAUCAACAUAUAGACUGGAAAAACUAUAAAACCUACAAAGAGUAUAUAGAUAACAGACGAUUACACAUGGGGUGUAGGACAAUUCAAGAAAGAUUAGAUAGUUUAAGAGCAGCUUCUCAGAGUGCAACAGAUUAUAGCCAGGUGGUAUCAAAUCGCACUACCUGCCAGGCACGCCGAAGGAGCACUUCUCAUGACAGAGUGCCUCAGCCAGUUCAGAUCCGGCAGCGUAGCGUAUCCCAGGAAAGACUAGAGGACCCUGUGCUGAUGAAGUAUUGGCCAAGAAGUGCAUCUCAAGGGGCACUCACUUCACCAUCUGUUAGUUUUAGGAGCCAUAGAACGCGUUCCUGGGAUUAUCUUGGUGGGCAAGGUGACACAUCAGAAAAGGUGAAUUCAGAGAACCUUGUAUCUGAUUUGAAUGGAGAUAGAAAACAGACUUAUAAAUGGACUGGAUUUACAGAGCAGGACGAUCGACGAGGUAUCUACGAAAGAUCUAGGCAACAAGACUUUCAUAAAUCUUUUCGAAAUUCAAGUUUUACUGUGGCUCCUAGCAUUUUAAAUUCAGAUAGUAGACGAGUGAGUGGUAGAGGAGUGGGAUCUGGGUCUCAGUUUCAGAAAGUUUCACCAGAUUUAAAAACAUUGCAGUCAAAUAGGAAUUUUCAAAACACUUAUGGAACAUCGUUGCCUCGAGGCAUUUCUCAAGACAGGUCACCUCUGGUAAAAGUCAGAAGUAACUCUUUGAAAUCUCCUUCUACGUAUGUGGCAAAACCUUCAUUUAACCAGAACUCAUUCGUUGCUGCCAAAGACCAAAGACCAAUAAAUCACUUACAUUCAAGCAAUCUACUAAAUCAGCAAUCAAGAUUACGAGCAGAAAGUGCACCAGACCACAUAGUCGAUACUGGGAAGUCCCCCGCUUCAUCUGUAGCUUCUGCCAAGCUUGGACUUCAGAUGAGUGAAAGCUGUCUUCCCUCAGAUGAUUUAGAACCAUCUAUCAAACAAAAUUCACAAGAAGCUGAAAUUCAAUUAUUAGGCUCUGUAGAUAACAAAGAAACAGUGGUUCUGAGGGAAAAACCUCCAUCUGGGCGCCAAACACCACAGCCUUUGAGGCACCAGUCAUACAUCUUGGCAGUAAAUGACCAAGAGACUGCAUCAGACACUACCUGUUGGUUGCCAAAUGAUGCACGCCGAGAGGUCCACAUAAAGAGAAUUGAGGAAAGAAAAGCAUCGAGUUCCAGUCCACCUAGUGAUUCCCUGGCAUCCAUUCCAUUUAUAGAUGAACUGACUAGCUCUAGCAUUGACCAUGAUAUUGCACAUAGUCCUGCUUGUGCUAUCAUUUCUACAUCUGCCUCUCAAGUGCCCACUAUAGCAACAGUUCCUCCCAGCCUCACAACUCCACUCCCUUUAGUUCGACGUCAACUACCAUGUGACCAUGAUGAGCCAACCAGCCCAAGCAUUGAUCAUGAUAUCGCACACAUUCCUGCUUCUGCUGUCAUUUCGGCAUCCACUUCUCAUGUGCCCACUAUAGCAACAAUUCCUCCCAGCCUUACAACUUCAGCCCCUUUAAUUCGCCGUCAGCUGUCACAUGAUCAUGGAUCUGUUGGGCCCAUCCUAGAUGGCCAGCGCAAUUCAAAAACGGAGAGAUCAAAAUCAUAUGAUGAAGGCCUGGAUGAUUACAGAGAAGAGGGCAAAGGGUCUUUUAAGCAUGUAUCUAGCUUGAAGGGAAUCAAGGUCUUAGACAGCCAAAAAUCUUCUGAAGACUCUGGGUCCAGAAAAGAUUCCUCUUCCGAGGUAUUUAGUGAUGCUGCCAAGGAAGGAUGGCUCCAUUUUCGACAACUUGUCACUGAUAAGGGGAAGCGAGUUGGUGGUAGCAUUCGGCCGUGGAAACAGAUGUAUGUCGUCCUUCGGGGCCACUCACUCUACUUGCACAAAGAUAAAAGAGAACAAACCACUCCAUCAGAGGAAGAACAACCUAUCAGUGUAAAUGCUUGCUUGAUAGAUAUUUCCUAUAGUGAAACCAAGAGGAAAAAUGUAUUCAGGCUUACCACCUCAGAUUGUGAAUACUUAUUUCAAGCUGAAGACAGAGAUGACAUGUUAGCCUGGAUCAAGACCAUCCAGGAGAGCAGCAACCUCAGUGAAGAGGAUACUGGAGUCACUAGCAGAGACCUAAUUAGCCGGAGGAUAAAGGAAUAUAAUAGUCUAAUGAGCAAAGCAGACCAGUUGCCAAAAACACCUCGCCAGAGUCUCAGUAUCAGGCAGACUUUGCUUGGUGCUAAGUCAGAACCAAAAUUUCAGAGUCCACACUCUCCCAAAGAAGAGUCAGAAAGAAAACUCCUCAGUAAAGAUGACACCAGUCCUCCAAAAGACAAAGGCACAUGGAGAAAAGGCAUUCCAAACAUCAUGAGGAAAACAUUUGAGAAAAAGCCAACUGCUGUAGGAACCUUUGGUGUCAGACUGGAUGACUGCCCCCCGGCUCACACCAAUCGGUAUAUUCCACUGAUAGUUGACAUAUGCUGCAAAUUAGUUGAAGAAAGAGGACUUGAAUAUACAGGUAUUUACAGAGUUCCUGGAAAUAAUGCUGCUAUCUCAAGUAUGCAAGAAGAACUCAACAAGGGAAUGGCUGAUAUUGACACACAGGAUGAUAAAUGGCGAGACUUGAAUGUAAUUAGUAGUCUGCUGAAAUCAUUCUUCAGAAAACUCCCUGAGCCUCUCUUCACAAAUGAUAAAUAUGCAGACUUUAUUGAAGCAAAUCGAAAAGAAGAUCCCUUGGAGCGUCUAAAAACAUUAAAAAGACUAAUUCAUGAUUUGCCUGAACAUCAUUAUGAAACGCUUAAGUUUCUGUCUGCUCAUCUGAAGACAGUAGCAGAAAAUUCAGAAAAAAACAAGAUGGAACCAAGAAAUCUAGCCAUUGUUUUUGGUCCAACCCUGGUGCGAUCAUCAGAAGAUAACAUGACACAUAUGGUGACUCACAUGCCUGACCAGUACAAAAUUGUAGAAACCCUUAUCCAACAUCAUGACUGGUUUUUCACAGAAGAAGGUGCAGAAGAACCUCUUACAACAGUUCAGGAGGAAAACACUGUAGAGUCUCAGCCAGUGCCAAACAUAGAUCAUUUACUGACCAACAUUGGAAGGACGGGCGUAUCUCCUGGAGAUGUAUCAGAUUCAGCUACUAGUGACUCAGCAAAAUCUAAGGGUUCUUGGGGAUCCGGAAAGGAUCAGUAUAGCAGGGAAUUGCUUGUAUCCUCCCUCUUUGCAGCAGCCAGUCGCAAGAGGAAAAAAACAAAAGAGAAAGCACAGCCAAGCAGUUCAGAGGAUGAGUUGGAUAAUGUCUUUUUCAAGAAAGAAAUUGCAGAACAACCUCACAAUGAUAAUGGUAGCAAAGAGGACAGCAGAGGAGAGUCAAAAAGAGAGAUUGAUCCAGCGAGAAAGCAAAGGACUAGUGUUUCUAAAGAUACUAGUAGUAAAAAAGACUCGCAUGUGAGGAAAGAGGAAAAGCUGGCACCAAAGAAAGAGAAUGUGGCAUGUGGAGAGCCCUCGCUGCCCUCCAACUCAAAACACACUAGAUCACCUACUCUCGGCUACCGCUUCACCGUGCUUAAAGAAGGCCCCCAAAUAUCCUCUCAGCUCCCAGACACCUCUUCUGGCCCUGGCGCUCUACUUAGCACUCCCUCCCCACCGACCUUGGUGAGAUUGCCUGCUAAGAAAUCGUUCAGUCCGGAAAUUCAAUGCAACGAGUUUCUGGCCUGUGCCAGUUCGACCCCCUCAGACUACUCAGCCACUGCCUACCUGACCGGCCUGGAUGCCAGCAGGCUAAGCCCAGAGGUACAGUCAGUUGCUGAGAGCAAGGGAGAUGAGGCUGAUGAUGAGCAGAGUGAAUUGGUCAGUGAAGGGCGACCUGUAGAAACAGACAGUGAAAAUGAUUUUCCGGUUUUUGCCACAGGUUUUCUUUCGGAGAAGUUCUUUCGGGGUAAAAUCCAAGAAAUGGGAAAGACAGGUCGGAGAAACUCAGAAGGAAGUGAAUUAAGUUGUACUGAGGGAAGUUUAACACCAAGUUUAGACAGCCGGAGACAGCCAUUUAGUUCACAUAAGCUUAUCGAAUGUGAUACACUCUCCAGAAAAAAGUCAGCUCGCUUCAAGUUGGAGAGUGAAGGUGUAGGUGAUACCAAGAAUGAGAAAGAAUCAUCCUCUGUAAUGAAAGUAUUUGACAUGAAGAAGAAAGGAAAGUCAACAGGGAAUUUGCUGGUGCCAGCUAGAAGUGAAUCAGAAAAACAUGAACCCACUUGGAGAAUUAAAAUAACUGACCGGCUAAAACUGAGGCUUAAAGCGUCUGCAGAUGACAUGUUUGGGGUGGGAAGUCAGAAAAAUAGCUCUGCAGAGAGUACUAAAAGGAAAAACAUCAGAAGACGACACACCCUCGGAGGGCAAAGUGAUUUUGCAGAAAUCAGUGUUUUAAAUGCUUGGAAGGUUCCUGAACAGAGUGGAGAAAGAGAGUCUGAACUUUCCGCUGUGACUCGAUUAAAACCCAAAUGCCCAGCCCAAGACCUCUCCAUUUCAGACUGGCUAGCACGAGAACGCUUACGUACUAGCACGUCUGACCUGAACACAGGAGAACCCGGAGAGCAUAGACUGGAGAACACUAGUAUAACAGAAAUCUAUACAUCAGAUGGAGGCAGCUCCCUUAGCACCUUAAGUUUGACAAACAGACCCCUUCUUUCCAUAUCAUCCCAAUCACCUGAACAAAUAAAUGGUGAAAGCUUUCAGAAUGUCAACCAAAAUGAUACUCCUCUACUUGUUGCCAAUUCUCAAAAACCAUCCCUAACCCCAGGAACUAAAUCACAAUUUCAUCAGUGUCUCUAAACUGGAGGGAUGCAUCCACUACAGCAACUCAAAAGCUACUGUUACAUGUUCCAAUAACUCUGUAAAUAUGUUUCUGUACUAGAAUUGUUAUUAUGCAGCCUUCAUUUUGGGCUGGUUUCAUCAAUGUGCACUGUGGAAUGUCUUCACUGUGCAUUUCUAUGGCCAGAAGAACAUAAAGUUCAGAAAAAAUAUAUAUCUAUAUAUUUUAAAAACAUAUUGGAUGGUUGCAUACAAAUAAGCAAGGUAUUUGUUGCAACAUGCUAUGUAGUCUAUACAAGGUUUAUGACCAGAAAUUGAUGAGUAAAACAGCUGGCAUUAGUAUGCAGCAAAUUUGUUCUUUUGGUUUAGUCACUAACAAAAGUGCCUCAUCAUAACAAUUCAUUGGGUUUGUUAGGGUGCCAUAUUGUUAACUGUUAAAUUAGAAAACUUAAAAUGAACAGAUGAAAGCAUUUUAUUGGUAAUGUUUCAUUACGUAUUACUGAUUUUAACACAGGUGGAUACAGAGCUUCCAUUCCUUAGGCAUUCCAGUGGGAUCUCUGAGUUUUAUAUUCAAACUUUUAAUACAGUUUUUGAGUUUUGUGUGACUUGAAUUUUUAAUCUUUCUGUAAAAUAAGUAACUUAAAUGAACAUAUUAUAUGUGUAUCUUUUCUUCAGAUACCAGAUUUGUUAUAAAUGUUGUAACAUAGGCGUGUAGAUAGUGGAUCCUGGAUGGAACUGGCUUCUUUUAUGAAGAAUAUAAUUCUGCAUGAAGACUUAAUGAAUCCAAACCUGUGUCAUGCCUGUGUGCAUACCCAAUUAAACACUGGAAAUAAAAUUGUUUUGUUGAA